AUGGCUCGUCGUACAAACCUGUUAAAUAUUGAAAAGAAUAUUCAAAAUUUAUGGAAGGAACAUAACAUAUGUGAAAGAGAAUUUGUUGAUAAGAAUGAAUCAAGAUUUACAGGUAAUUUCCCAUAUCCAUAUAUGAAUGGAUUAUUACAUAUUGGCCAUGCAUUUACAUUAAGUAAAUUAGAAUUUUUGGUUAGAUAUAAAAAUAUGAUAUGUGAUAAUGUGUUGUUACCUUUCUCUUUUCAUUGUACCGGUACACCAAUUGUUGUAUGUGCGGACAAAUUGAAAAAUGAGUUAAAGAACAAAACGUUAAAAAAUAAACUCGAAGGAAAAUAUGAACAUCAAGUAGCAAAUAAUGCAUUGGAAAAUAGGGAAGAUGAAGGGAUAGUAAAUGGAGAACAGGAGGUAGAAAAAGGUACUGCUAUGACGAACACUAAGCAUACCACUACGAAUAAUACCAAGGAUAACACGACGAAUAGUACUAAGGAUAACACGACGAAUAGUACUAAGGAUAACACGACGAAUAGUACUAAGGAUAACACGACGAAUAGUACUAAGGAUAACACUAUGAACGGUAGUAAAAACAUCGAUGCAACUAUCUUUAGGUCUAAUAAGAGCAAAGCACAGUCGAAAGGAUCCAAACAAAAUACACAGUAUGAGAUUAUGAAACAAAUGAAUAUAGGAGAUGACGAAAUUCAUUUAUUUCAAAAUCCAGAAUAUUGGUGUUAUUAUUUCUCAUCUAAAGCAAAGGAGCAUUUAAAUUCAUUUGGUUUAUAUUGUGAUUGGAGGAGGUCUUUUAUUACUACUAAUAUGAAUCAGUAUUAUGAUAAAUUUGUAAACUGGCAGUUUAAUACAUUAUAUAAGAAAAAUUUAAUAUAUUAUGGAAGCAGAAUUACAAUCUUUAGUAGAGUCAAUAAUCAAGCAUGUGCAGAUCAUGAGAGAUCAGAAGGAGAAGGGGUCAAAUGUCAAGAGUAUACACUCAUAAAAAUAUAUGUACAUGAUUAUAAAGAGUUUUAUACUAUUUUUACUAAUACUUGUAGGACCGCAUCCAGUUCAACAACAACUGCUACUGCGGCUUCCACGGCUACUAUGAAGGGAGUGAGUUUCUCUCCAUCGGAGGAGGACCGGCAUUUGAAAAAUGAAAUAUUUAAUGAAGAUUUUUUUAAAAAAAAAAAAAUCAUUUUGUUAGGAAGCACGUUAAAACCAGAAACAGCCUAUGGUCAGAAUUAUACUUUUGUAAAUCCUAACGAUUAUUACUAUGUUACCUUAGGAUUUGACAAGCAAGUAUUGCAUUAUGGAGAUAAAAACUAUGUUAAUAACAUUUUGACAAAGGAAGAUAUUUUGGAAAAGUGCGAAAAUAUAUACAUUUGUUCGGAAAAUAGUUUGUACAAUAUGGCAUAUCAGGGCAUAAUUCCUCUUCUCAUGCGGAUGGACAAAUCUAAUUGGGGGGGAAGUGCAGACGGGAAAACGGCUACUAGCAGUGAUUGCAGCAGUGUUGGAGUGAAUAGUAGUGGAGCAAGUGCGAACAAUAAACUGGACAACAUCAACGACCUGAGGGAUGUUUUAGUUUUGUGUAAGAUAAAGGGAGAAUCUCUGAUUGGGUUGAGGACAUACACAAAUUUGUCGAAGAUAAAAAAUUUAUAUAUUUUACCAAUGACUACUAUUAAAAUGAAUGUUUCUACAGCGAUAGUUCCUUGUGUGUCAAGUGACAGUACAGAUGACUAUGCAUGUUUAGAAGAGAUAAGAAAAAAAAAAAAUUUUUAUUGUGAGAAAUACAAUUUAAAGGAAGAGUAUUUGAACAAUGAAAGUCAUUCGUGUAUUGAAUUGCCAGAAAUUGGGACCAAUAGUGGUAAGUAUUAUUAUGAUAAUGAAAAAAUUGUAUCAAGUAAAGAUGCAAAAUUACAAAAAAUUAAAGAAGUUUUAUAUAAAAAACAGUAUUUUGAAGGCACGAUGACUGUAGAGCCAUAUGUAGGUAUGAAAACAUUUAAUUGUAGAAAAUUAGCAAAACAAUAUAUUAUUAAAAAUAAUGAAGGAUUUUUAUAUAACGAACCAGAAGUGCUUGUUAUAGAUAGGAAUAAUGUCAAGUGCAUUGCAGCUUUGUGUAAUCAAUGGUAUAUUAAUUAUGGGAAUUUAGAAUUCAAAAAGGAUGUUUUAAUACAGUUAAAGAAGACAAAUUUUCAAACAUACAAUGAUGUUUUGUAUAAACAAUUACAGCAUGUAAUCUUUUGGCUCGAUGAUUGGUCAUGUAGUAGGGCAUACGGGUUAGGAACAUACAUGCCGGAUUUCAACUCGUUGGCGUGUAAAGGAGGGGAGGGAGGAAAUCCCGUGGAAGAGAAAAACAUUUCGAGUAGUAGUACAGAUGAUAAAUAUAUGCAAAGUAAGGAAGUGGCACAAGAGGGACAAAAGGAACAAAUUGAGGAGAAGGAGAUGCAGAUUCGAACAGAGAAGGAACUAAUUGAAAGCCUGUCCGAUUCCACCAUAUACAUGGCUUACUAUACGAUCAGUCAUUUUCUUCAGGGUAGUGUAGAUGGAAAGGAUCGUGGACUUCUAAACAUCGAGGUGAAUGAUUUAAACGACGAAUUCUUUGAUUACGUAUUUGAUAUAAGUGAUGAUACAAGUAAGAUAAGUAAAAAUAUUACAACUGAUAAAUUGAAAAAGAUAAGAAGAGAGUUUCAAUAUUGGUAUCCAUUUGAUGUGAGAAUAUCAGGGAAAGAUUUAAUUUUUAAUCAUUUAACUAUGGCCUUAUUUAACCAUGUAGCUAUAUGGGGUAAAAAAAUAUAUAAAAAAAAUAAAGAAUGUCAUAUGGAGGAAAAGAGUAUACUAGAUAAACAGAAUGAAAUAUUAAAUGAGAUAGAUCAAUUAGAUUUAAAUAAUUAUGAAACAAUAAAAUAUUUUCCAAAAUCUUUUUUUUGUAAUGGACAUGUAUUAGUAAAUAAAGAAAAAAUGUCUAAGAGUAAAGGAAAUUUUAUUACUAUAGAAGAGAGUAUAGGUUUGUAUACAAGUGAUGGUACAAGAAUUGCUUUAGCAGAUGCAGGGGAUUCUAUAGAAGAUGCGAAUUUUAAUACAGACACAGCAAAUAGUGCUAUUAUGAAAUUAUAUAACUUGAUAAACUUUUGUAUUGAAACAAAGAAUAAUGUGUACAUAUUUAGAUGUGGUGAAAAAACGUUCAAUGAUCGUAUUUUUGAAAAUGAAAUAAAUUAUUUAACGAAUAAAUGUAAAGAGUCUUAUGAAAAAUUACUAUUUAGAGAUGUACUCAAAUAUGGAUUUUAUGACAUGCUAUUAAAGAGAGAUACAUAUCGAAUAAUGUGCGAUAAAAUACACAUGCACAAAGAUACUGUUAAUUUUUUUAUUGAAAGGAUUUGUAUUAUUAUAAAUCCUAUUAUUCCACAUAUUACUGAACAUAUAUGGACUUAUAUUUUAAAAAAAGAAAAAUUUUUAAUAAAUCAGAAAUGGCCACCAACAGAACAUACCAAUUUUUCAAUAGUUAUGCACAAGCAAUAUAAUAAUUUACUAAAUGUCGUGGAAAUAUUUCGUAAAUCAUAUGACAAAGUUAUUAAUAAAAAUAAUAAACAGAAAACGAAAAGCGAUACGAGCGAAGUCAACCAGGGGAAGAAGAGCACAAUGAGUGUUUCAAAGAGUAGCGUUCCGAAUAAUAGUAUGAUCAAAUCGAAUGAAACCAAUGAAGUGAAUAACCAUAAGCAGCAACCAGAGGGGCAAUGUAAAGAAAUGAUCAACAAAAAUGGCAUUCAAAAAGGAGGCGUGGACCAUGUUAAUAAUGUUAACGUAAAUCCGUGUGUUAGCGGAAAUACAAAUGUAAGCAAUAACGACAUUUGUAAAAACUAUGAAGAGGAAAAUUACAAAGAUGAUGAAGAAGAAGGAAUGAAAUUUAAAGCUAUAGUUUAUGUUGCAAGGGAAUAUAAUGAUACUCAAAAAAAAAUUAUCGACAUUUUAAAUAGUAUUAUAAAUAAUAGUGAAGACAAGAAGUUACCAUCAAAUUAUAUUAAUCUUCUAGUACAAAAUCCAUAUGUUAAUAAUUUACCAAAAAAUGAAAAAAAAGAAAUACUCAGCUUUGCUACAUUCCUAGUUAAAGAUAAUGUUACCCUAAAUAAUAAUCAGUACGAAUUAACUCUACCAUAUGAUGAAAUACAAUUAAUAAAAAAUAAUGUAGAUUUUAUGAAAAGGAGUUUGAAUUUAGGAGAUAUACAAGUAUUGGAAAAUACUAAAAAAUGUGAAAUUGACAAUACGGAUAUAUAUAAAUUAUCCAAUCCUGGAAACCCAUCCAUUUUUAUGUAUAACGUGGAAUCGUAG